UCUUUUGAGAACCGUAAACAAAGUGAAUUAACGACGACUAAAACUACGACUCCUUGCUACCAUAGCCGAUCUGUCUCUCCCAGAAAGCACUUUUCAUCUUCCUUUAAAUGGCCACAUUGCUCCUUCAUUAAUCACUUCUUCUUUUAAAUCUUUAGAGAGAGAUAGAGAGAGAGGGAGGGAGGGAAAAUAAUGAUAUAAAAAGGGAAGAAAAGGUAGCAAAGAAGAAGAAGAUGCAGAUGCGGAGAUGGAAGGCGGUGGGGUUGAUGAGGAGGAUACUAUCAUGCGCCAUAUGUACAAUAGCAAUGGUGUCACUCCUCUCCGUACACUUGCACGUAUUCCCUCGUCACUCUAAACUCCCUGAUCCUUACAAGCUUCCUAAUCCCCAAAUUGAAAUCAGAGACUAGAUAUUGGGCAAUGAGCAAGAACAGAGGUGGACAAGUGAGUUCACUCCUCCCAAUGUGUUCCUAGGCCCUCUCAUCCCAACAGUUUCCGGUUUGGCGUACGAAUUGUCCCAGACUAUGGAAGCCUGUGCCAAAUCGUGAUUAUAUGCCUUGCACUCAACCUACUCCAAACUAUACCGCUCCUCCAGAAUCGCGAGGUUAUCUCUUAGCGCAUACAAAUGGUGGGCUCAACCAGAUGCGAGCUGGGAUAUGUGAUAUGGUAGCUAUUGCGCGUAUCAUAAAUGCUACUCUUGUUGUUCCAGAACUAGAUAAAAAGUCGUAUUGGCAAGAUUCCAGCAACUUUUCAGAUGUCUUCAAUGAAGAUCAUUUCAUCAACGCUUUAGCUAAUGAUGUAAAAGUCAUAAAAAAGCUCCCCAUGGAAAUGGGUGGUGCUACAAAAGCAGAAAAAUAUUUUAAAAGCUGGUCUGGUAUGGACUAUUACCAGGGGGAGAUAGCAAGCAUGUGGGCUGAUUAUAAGGUUAUUCUGGCUGCCAAGACUGACUCUCGACUAGCAAAUAACAAUCUCCCUGCUGAUAUUCAGAAGCUGCGUUGCCGUGCCUGUUAUGAAGCCCUCUGUUUGGCACCUCAAAUUGAAGCGAUGGGAAAGUUGUUGGUGGACCGCAUGAGAUCAUAUGGCACUUACAUUGCUCUGCACUUACGAUAUGAGAAGGACAUUCUUGCCUUCACUGGAUGCACACAUGGUUUAUCUCCUGCUCAAGCAGAUGAACUAAAAAAGAUCAGAGACGUAAAUGAUGAGUGGAAAGUGAAGGAUAUUGAUCCCAGGGAGCAAAGAUCUAAAGGUUUUUGCCCCUUGACUCCAAAGGAGGCUGCAAUAUUUCUAUCUGCUCUUGGCUAUCCAUCAAAUACCCCUAUAUACAUUGCUGCGGGAGAGAUAUAUGGAGGUGAUUCAUAUAUGGAUGAUCUUCGAUCCCGGUAUCCUAUGUUAAUGAGCAAGGAAAAAUUGGCAUCUAUUGAGGAGCUUGAACCAUUUGUCAAUCAUUCGACUCAGCUGGCUGCGCUUGAUUAUAUAUUAUCUGUUGAAAGUGACAUAUUCAUGCCGACAUACUCGGGAAAUAUGGCAAGGGCUGUAGAAGGCCAUCGUCGUUUUCUUGGACAUAGAAGAACAAUUUCCCCAGACAAGAAAGCCCUUGUUCGUCUGUUUGAUAAAAUAGAGGAAGGAAUGAAGAAAGAAGGCAAACUUUUAUCAGACAAGGUCAUUGAAAGGCACAAAAAACGGCAAGGCUCCCCAAGGAAGAGGAAAGGCCCUAUUCCAGGAACCAAGGGCACGGAUAGAUUUCGUUCAGAAGAACCUUUUUAUGUAAAUCCUUUACCAGAUUGUUUGUGUGCGCAAUCCCGGAAUCAGAACACCUCUGUGAUAAUCAGGUAGUUUAGAUGCUGAAGAACAAUUGUCUUCGGAAAAAGAUCUGUGUCAAGAUAGCGGCAAAUUUAAUCAGUCACUGUCCGCUGAUAGAUACUUCAAGCUGGUUAUGCCCAGCCACAUAGUUAGGUAAGUGUAUAUCUGGAGUUUAGGUAAGCGGGCGUACAUGAAGCUACAGAUCAUAUGAACGGAAAGCGAGGUAAAUUUAAAAUACUGAGAUUAGAAGUUAAUUAGGGGAUACCAUCCAUCAUCACUGAAUCUCUAGAGCAACGUUUUCUCUAAUGUAUGUAUCGUCUCCCAGUGCAAUAAAAAUGAAAAAAUUACUUCAUUUCUUCUCCUU